AUGUCAACAAUCAGAAAUAAAGAGGAUCCACUCGCAGCACGGAGUAGGGGCUAUCGUCAUAUCAUGCAGUUGGCUGAUAAACCUGUUCGAUCCGAUUUUCCUCGGCCUCACCGCAAGGCACUCAUGGAAACUGUUUUCAACAAAACCAUACAUUGCAGACAGAUUGAAGCGCGUAAAGUAGCUUUGGCAGCCAAUGCACUGUCGCUGACUGAAUCUCUCCCAAUCCAAGCCAGUGGCGAUAUUAUUCUCGGCACUGACCUUUUUUCCCGUAAGCAUCACACAAAUGCUGUAGCGGCUGCUAUUGACCAUCCAUCUUUACCCAACUCUCGUAUUCAGUCUGUUCGUCCACCCAUCAAAGUGCCCAAAAACUAUUUGUCGCGUUUGAAAAAUUUAGAGCCGAUCGGGCAGGCUUUAUCACGUCAGCACCAUACAGAGGUAGCCAAAUGUAUGCCCAAAGAAACAAUGUGCAAUCUCAAAUUUGAAGAUGUGGUGCUCGAUAGCAUAAAGAAAAAUAGAAAAAGUAUGCCACCAAGAAAACUCAAUAAUGGGACUCGCGAACUGAUGAAAGCAAAUACUGCAAAAAAUUCUAAACUGUAUCCAUCCGAGGAACCCGACAUACAAACUACUCUGACAUAUAGUAAUGUAAAUACCAAAAAACAACUUGAAAUUGAUAGCCAUUCGUUAUUUACUAGCCCGUCUCAAACUUGUAUAGCGAAACAAACCCCAGCUAUUGACCGAGACGAAGAAUUGCAAAAGACUUCAACAAAACUAGCACAGCAUCGACAAAGUAUUCAUACAAGUCAAAAAAAUGUAUUGUGUCGUAGCGAUCAUUUAAUUUCAAAUUCACCAGCAACUACACUUGAUAACACGUUUGAUACUUUUGGAUCUGAAAAACGUCGUGAAAGUUUAAUUUCUUCUCAGCAAGAUGCUCUGCUUUUUCUCGGAUCAAAAGGUGCAGGGCUACGUAAAAAUUCACUCAUUAAAAAUCCAAAUGCAUCAUUCAGUCAACGCAAGCAAUCUAUACUAAUAGGUCAUCCAUCUACAAUUGAAGCUGCUAACCAAGUUACCGCAACCAAUCUUGCCUACAUGCUGAUGGUAUGGAAUCGUGCAGAAGAUGCAAAUCUCAAAUCUAUCAUCAACAACCAAGCCAAACCGGAUCCGACAUCUCAUCCUUAUUCGUCGGUUUCACAAUCACAUACACCAACGGCUUUCAAUGCAGGAAAAUCUACCACCGAAAAAAUCCAAUCAGCUGAACAGGAGCAAGCCAUCAUCAAAAAAAUGCUUGAACUCACUGUCGCUAAAGAUGAUCCGCAUAUGUCCGAUUUAAACUUGAUUGGUCAGAUGGAUUCGACUAUUACACUUCCACCCGAGGCUGAUCCAUUAUUUGGGUUGCAACACGAUACCAGCAACAUGUCUCAUGAUCAAACAUUUGAUACACCCUUGAUACUUGAAGAAAGUCGCGACGAGUUAGCUUUGCAAGAUAGUCUAUUUAGCAAAAAAGUAACGUCUGCCAACUUUGACAAGGAUCAAACACUACCAACUGUUUUUUUACGCACAUCCAAAAGAGAAUUUUUAACAGCAACGACCAUACCUACAAAAAACCAAUUAGAUUUUAUUCAACAAAACCUUGGCAUAUCACUCAAUGCUAAUUCAGAAUGCAAUGUGUUUGCAAAAAAUCCCUCUUAUGUAGAUUUUUAUGAUCAGCAUGCAUCUUUCAAUGACCCCAAUCCUAGCCAAUCCUUUAAUCACGAAAGCUCUUUUACAGAAUAUCCACUACAAUCUCAGGUAAAUAAGCAAAAGGUAAAAGGCGUUAUAUCACAUUCAACAUUCAGGUUUCUUAAACGCCUUUCAAAAGAAAACCAGUUUGCUCAGGAACACAUUGAAGAUGCUGUUCAUGACAAUGAUGAGACUAUUUUGCGACAAACACUUACAGGAAAUUCCACAGCUGAAAAAUAUAACGACGAUCCGUUUACGAUUGACUCACAAUCAAAAUAUGAACUGGAGGCUUCGCAAGCAUCUAUUGAUUUAAAUGCAAAGGUAAAAAAGAGUGUUUUACUUACUAGUCGGAAACACAUACCAGCAUCAAGGCAUCACGUUAGCAAACAAACUUGGACCAAUUUGGUGAAUAGAAUUGUAAACUCUGACGACAACGAGCCCAUCCCUUUGUUGGAUGCCAGUUUGUUUGAAUUGGAAAAUGUAUCCAAUGUUUAUUCUGUGAAAUCGAUGCUACCAGAGUAUGAGAUUGACGAUUUGUCCACGGAAGCAGAUAGCGUUGCUGGAGAUCGAUUAUUUCCUCAUGAUUUUGAAGAAGCGUCACACAAAACAGCCAUGUUUCCAUCAAACCAUCACACUCGAUUGAUGCAUCCUCCUCUUAUAAAUGAGCUUGGCGUUGCCACUAUCAACAAAAAAACUACUUCAGAAGAGUUCAUCACUCGCCUCAAAGAAAUUUUUGGAGGUGACAUCAUUAUACCUCCCAAAGCCAAAACACCACUAAGCUGGAGUUCAAUAUUUAUGCCUAUAAAAUUACGAAAUUCUAAAGACAAAUCGCUUGUUUAUCAACCCGAUACAGCUGUUUGUUCCUCCGCAUCUAGGUUUUGCUUGAAACGAUUCGUGUCAUUGGUUAAAGUGCAUACUCAUCAUCAUCUGCCUGAAAGAAAGUCUAGUGUUGAUCCAAUUGAAGAAUUCCGAGCAAUGCAUCCACCCAUCAAUACUCUGAUUGAUUUUCUUGAAAGUCCAUUGACAGCCCUUGAGCAGGCUCCAUUGGCAGGUACACUUGAACACACAGCACUGAUCAAAGUACUAACUUUGGCUUUGCGCGAAGAAGACGAUAUGACUGUACAAUUUGAAGCGUGUCGGCUACUUAUUGCAAUGCAAGGUCAAGCCAACCUGACUCGUUGGGAUCAUGCUAUUUACAAAACUGUUUUGGAAAAUAUGCUUCAAAAGGGCACAGAGCAAGAGCGGGAUAUGGCGGCUUUGGUAUCUAUCGAGUCUGGCAUCACUCAUCCAGCAGCCAUGAAUCAAAUUCGCGGUGGCUUAGGACAUCUCGACCCCGAUCGUCGCAAUAUGGCUCGAAAUGUCUUUUCAGUCAUGGACAUGAAGCAUCUGGACAUGGUUAUUGGAUUUUUAUUAAAAGAUAGCGAGCAUACUAGUUGGAGGGUAAGAUUGGAUGUGAUCUAUUUGCUUGAAAUAUGGAUCCGUAGACUAUUACCAGAGCAUCCACCAUCUGCACCUGAAAGAGACCCAGAUGCUUUAGAAACAGACGAUGACGCACUUGUCAAGGCUUUGUUUCAUACUUUGGGCACAACAACCAACGACAAGGAAAAAGGGAAUGAUUUAAAUCCAGUAGAUCUUGUUCAAGUUGGUGACGACAAAAAUGCAUAUUCUAACCUAUUUUUACCCAGCACAACCAGUUUGACUCCGCUUUCUGCAGAACCAGUCACGAAUCAAUCCAAGCAACUCGAUACAGUCAAUCCGUUGGAAAAACAACUACAAUUUAAAAAAGAUGCGAAUAUUGCAUCCCUGAGCAAAAACGAUCCCAAAUUGAAUGUAUCAGCAGCUUUAGAUUCUUGUGGCAGUAACGUUGAGCAACAGACCAAUUUGGCUUCAAGUCCAACAAGCAUGCCGACAAAACAACUUUCACUCGAGGCAAUGAAAUAUAAUAGCAAUAUCGUGAAAAAAUGUGUUGAUGUGCUGCUUAAUAUCAUGUGGACGGAUUGGAACAAGGAAGUUCGUGAUGCAGCCAGUCAUACAUUGGGUGCGCUUGGUCAAGGUCGACCCAUAUUUGACUGGGUGGUUGGACUUUUAGGAUCAAAAGAUCCAGUAAAACGAGUUGACGCGCUUAGAUCAUUGUCGUAUCUUGGUGUAAUGACCAAAAGCUCACUCGAAGCAUUAUUGGCAUGCUUUAAGGAUCCAUAUGCAUCUGUUAGGAUUGAAGUUUGUAAAUUUGCUUGUAUUCUUGCAUCAGAUGAUCGUGCUAUUGUCAGCAACCUACUAGAUUUGUUAAACGAUCAUGACUAUCGUGUCCGAGCUUAUGCUGUCAAGGCACUUGGAUAUAGUGGAUGCAAGGAGCCAAAAAAUAGAGAAACGCUUAAUUGGGCAUUACAUCACGAUCCACACUCUGCUGUAAGAGCUGAAGCCAUUCAAGCUGUGUUUCGUCUUGAUCUCAUUUCCAGAGAUCAAACAAUUAAAGAGGGUUUAUUCACUCUCUUUGAAACAGAUAGAUCCGACAAAGUAAAACAAGAGGCCAAACGUGUACUUGUUGCUAGUGGGCUUAUUUUUUCCAGCAUGCUUGAAACAGAAAGAGAAAGUGAUUCUAGAAAGGAAAAGUAUAGUGGAAACGAAAAAGAAAGCGGCAUGCUGGGCAUGGCUUUGGGAGGUCAUGCUUCUGUCGGUGUGUCAUCUGCAAUUUCUAGCAAUGAUUCAAAUAAUCUCAACACGACCACAACUCAUUUGGCCGUGCCUUAUCCACAUAUCUUGAAUGAUGCCAGUCCAGAUGAGAUAGACAUCUUUUUGCGCGAUUCUCUCGUUGGCGAAAAAGAAUUAUCAAUUGCUAUUGGGCAAGUAAAAAAGACUGUCACUAGGGAAUCCAUUAUAGCCGAGGUGCAAUAUGUCAUCCAAAACUCUCAAGAUACCAUAAUGGUUGGAUUAGAUCUGCCUUUGAAUGAUGAGUUUACCCCCCAGGUCAAACAGAUUCAUCAACUAAAAAAGCAAAAGUUGUAAAUUUAAUGUAAUGCAAUAAAAAGUAACUACAAUUGAAGC